ACCUGGCGAGUAAGGAACUUGUUCGCAGUUAAUUGCGUGUUUUUUCGCUUAGAGUCUUAGAGGUGUUUCCAGUUGCAUCACCCUGCUGAUAUGGUCUGUAAGAUUGACAGAGCCUCCAGUCCAGGUAGGCCCACCAACUAAUGCGUUGUUCAUAACGCAGUCCAGACCACCUGCGGCCACAGUUGUUGUGGACCUUCCCAGUUCAAGCCAUGAAGCAGAUGAAGAAAUAUUAUGUGCCAAGGACUUGCAUGGCGCCUCAUACAUGAUAAUAGAGUCACUUUCUGCAUGCUGGGCGCUGCUAGAGUGUAUGCCAACAAUUGGAAUGCUUUCCAACUGAUCCAAGUCAAUCAAGUGAGUCUGCUGGGUGACCGCUGACCGCAGCUUAAGAUGGAGAGCUUUGCCGAGGCUGCAAGGCUGCUGACCGGAAGGAAAUUGGUUUGAUUUCGAAGACCUCCGCAGCUGGAACAAACUUGUUAUCUUUGGUCCCCAGUGUUUGGUUUAACCUGACACUGCAAGAUUUGGCUCUUGUAGCAAGUAGACCUGCCCGCAAAUUGCAGCCAAAACCAACAUUUCAUGCUCCGAGAGCAUUCUCCAGCCGUUUCCUUGCCGUGGCUCCGUUGUUGGUUCGUUCGGUGAUGGGUUGGAGUUGUCUACUUCCGGCCCGCAGAACAGCUCUAUGAUGAGCCAAAAUCAUGGCAAGAAGGCAAGAAGGCUCCUGGUGACCGCCAUUUCUUCAUGUCCCACAUCCAUGGAUUUCGGACCAAGUCUUCACAAGAUUCAGGUUUCCCGCAACUGCCACACAGGUUGGCUUCACUUGGAAGAUUUGGCCUUAAUCUCUUGACCCUCACUAACUGCUUUGUCUCCAAUGCUCAGGAACUUGGAGGGAGCCAUUCGUGUGAGUCCCCGAGCAUCAGUGCCUCACACCCUUGAGCAAGAGAAGGGCCCAAAAAUUGGGUGGCGUUUCCUUGAGAUAUUGAGCUAGCUAGAGCGACUAGGUUUUCUAGCUUCCUGUUCGGGUCAACUGACUCUUGAUUCGAUUCAUAGCUUUGCGGGCCGUAAAGAGGGCAGAUCGAUAAUGCUUCCCCAUAGGCAAGUUGGAUUCUUGUGGCCAAAGAUUGCUAUUUUCUUCGUUCAAGAGAUUUUUGAGGAGGAAAUGUUAAGCUUUCGUUUCAGUCCGCGUCGCCUGUGGGUGUUCAGGGGCUUGUGCUCACAAGAAAGGGAGCAGCAAAGGUGAAGGUAGCGACCAGCAAAUCAGUCCAUUAAACAUACUCCAGUGACAAGAAGGAUGAAGCCAAGAUGAAGCUAGGUGAACCUGAGGGUGAAUGCCAGACCUUCAUCCGCCAAUAGUUCAGCCCAUCUCUCCAGCUUCGCAGCUGUUGACCACAAGUGUUGCUUCAGGAUUGUAUCGCAGUCCUCCAUCAAGGGUCGUAUCUAUGACAAAGACUACGAGUGGGGUACUACUUCUUCCUGAGGAGGAUUAAGCUGCUGUGGAAGGACGUUGAGUCUCAGGAAGUUCUGUCAACUCCGUCCAGCAGAGGAAUAGCCACAGUGCCUUGCUAAAGUGAGGAGCACACAAGCUAGGUCUCGACAUGUUGUGUUUCGAAAGAUACUUGUACAGGCUGCUAGAAGCUUGAAAGCACCUCUUCCAGCUGUCAAGGUCAGUUUUGUAAGAUCUACCGCCUGCAGCAGAUUGGUCCAAUGUUCUGUUGUGUGUCAGGUUUACAGUGAGAUUCACCGUUUGAACUGUCAGGGCACUCCUUUGCUGAGUUACCUUUUUGCUCCUGAAGCUCUUGGGGCUUCGCCACAGGAAAUGCUUCCUCGGGUAUUUGCAAAUUUGGGUGUGUUGUCAUACAGACCACCAUCAAAAACUUAACCUGGCUGUGGAUUGCGGACUCAUCGAGUUUCGGACACAGUUCGUGCAGCACAGUUUGGGCCCUGCCAUUGGCAAAGCAAGCUCGUGACCAAUCUGCAGGGUUUGGGAUGUUUUUCCUCGGCCUGCAGAGGCAAGCGGGCAAGCCGUGGUUUUUAAGAUCCAACGAACCAUUCAUGUACUUUCUGCCAAGUUCAAAGAGAAAAGUGAAAAGAGCACUGCUAGGGCACGCUAGGACACUGCUAGCCGCUCCUGUGUCAAUCGUUUCUGUUUAGACAUGAGGCUUGAAGCAGAUCAGAGUGAAAGGUGCGAUGGAACUUUGCUGAACCUCUUAGUUUGUGGACAGGACUGGUCAAACAUUGUCUGGGCUUUUCAAGAGUAGCUAACACGCAGCAGACCUUGUUUGUCAAGCAGGAAGGUGCUAUUGGGACUCUAGUGCAAGUUGCCCAGGGCUGAAGAGCUGCCCAAGAGUUGACUCGUGCUUCUCACAUAGCCUGAGGGAGCAUGAGCAGGUAUAGGAUACGAACUUGCUGCUAGCUCCCAAGAUCAUUAGAGUGCAGCGACAGCCCACUGUGCUGCGAGGCGCUUUUGGCCAGAAAAGCUUGCACCACCUGGCAAAUAAGGCAUUUAGCCACACCUGCCUGCGUUUUUGUUCGCAUAGAGGUGUUUCCAGUUAAAUCCUCCUGCUGAUAUGGUUUGCAAGAUUGGCAGAGCCUCAGGUCCAGGUACGCCCACCAACUAAUGCAUUGUUCAUAACGCAGUCCGGACCACCUGCGGCCACAGUUGUUGUGGACCUUCCCAGUUCAAGCCAUGAAGCAGAUGAAGAAAUCUUAUGUGCCAAGCACUUGCAUGUCGCCUCAUACAUGAUGAUAGAGUCACUUUCUGCAUGCUGGGCGCUGCUAGAGUGUACGCCAACAAUUGGAGCGCUUUCCAACUGAUCCAAGUCAAUCAAGUGAGUCUGCUGGGUGACCGCUGACCGCAGCUUGAGAUGGAGAACUUCGCUGAGGCUGCAAGGCUGCCAACGGGAAGGAGAUUAGUUUGAUUUCGAAGCCCUCCACAUCUGGAGCAAACUUGUUGUUCUUUUGGCCGCCAGUGUCUGGUUGAACCUGACAUUGCAGGAUUUAGCUCUUGUAGAAAGUAGAUCAACCUAGCACACAACCGGCCUGCAAAUUGCAGUCCAAACAAGUACUUGAUGCUCCGACAACAUUCUCCUGCCCUUUCUUUGCCGCGUCUCCAUUGUUGGUUCGUUCGGUAAUGGGUUUGAGCUUUCUACUUCCGGCCCGCACAACAGCUCUAUGAUGAGCCAAAGUCAUGACAAGAAAGCGAGCCGGCUCCUGGUGACCGCCGUUUCUUCAUGUCCCAGAUCCAUGGAUUUCGGACCAAGUCUUCACAAGAUUCAGGUUUCCCGCAACUGCCAUGCAGGUUGGCUUCACUUGGAAGAUUUGGCCUUAAUCUCUUGAGGGUCACUAACUGCUUUGUCUCCAAUGCUCAGGAAUUCGGAGGGAACCAUUCGUGUAAGGUCGAGCGUCAUAGCCUCAAAUGCUUGAGCAAGAGACCGCCCAAGAAAUUGGUACCGUUUCCUUGAGAUAUUGAGCUAGCUGUGCAGCGUCUGGGUUUCUAGCUUCCUGUUCGGGUGCUGCGUGACUCUUGAUUCGAUUCGCUUUGCAGGCCGUAAAGGGGGCCUAAUGCUUCCCCAUGGGCAAGUUGGAUUCUUUUGGCAGAUGCGUACCUUCUCCAUUCAAGGGGUUUUGGAGGAGGAAAUGUUAAGCUUUCGUUUCCGUCGGCGUCGCCUGUGGGUGCCCAGGGGCUUGUGCUCACAAUAAAAGAAGCAUCAGAGGUGAAGCUAGCGACCAGCAAAUCAGUCCAUUAAACACUCCAGUGACAAGAAGGAUGAAGCCAAGAUGAAGCUAGCUGAACCUGAGGGUGAAUGCCAGACGUUCAUCCGCCAAUAGUUCGGCCCAUCUCUCCAGCUUCGCAGCUGUCGACCACAAUUGUUGCUUCAGGAUUGUGUCGCAGGCCUCCAUCAAGGGUCGUAUCUAUGACAAAGACUACGAGUGGGGUACUACUUCUUCCUGAGGAGGAUUAAGCUGCUGUGGAAGGAUGUUGAGUCUCAGGAAGUUCUGUCAACUCCGUCCAGCAGAGGAAACAGCCACAGUGCCUUGCUAAAGUGAGGAGCACACAAGCUAGGUCUCGACAUGUUGUGUUUCGAAAGAUACUUGUACAGGCUGCUAGAAGCUUGAAAGCACCUCUUCCAGCUGUCAAGGUCAGUUUUGUAAGAUCUACCGCCUGCAGCAGAUUGGUCCAAUGUUCUGUUGUGUGUCAGGUUUACAGUGAGAUUCACCGUUUGAACUGUCAGGGCACUCCUUUGCUGAGUUUCCUUUUUACUGCUGAAGCUCGUGGGGCUUCGCCACAGGGAAUGCUUCCUCAGGUAUUUGCGCAUUUGGGUGCGUUGUCAUACAGGUCUUUCUGUGUUGGAGUGACAGGAAGAGUCAACAAGUGACAGGGGUCGCUGCCCUGGUCGUGCCAGCUCUCAGGUCGCCAUAAGUUUUACGGUGCCAGCUUUGCACAGCUCUGAGAGUCCUAGAGUCCCGGAGCUUCAGACUCCUUCCAUGUGAGAUCUCUAAGUUGAUGAGGCCUCCGAGGCCCAGGCGGCCCAAGCUUCGACUUUCAAAGCCCAAGAUUUGUCAGAGAAUCCAGGUGACAAGCAGAGACCAGCACCAUCGAUUGUCGAAUCUAUUCAACUGCGUGGCACAUCUCUCAGCUGGACAUGCAUAGCCCCGAUCCAUCGGGUGAAACCAAGUAUGAAGCCAAGCUUCUUUCUGUUUGAUGGUGAGGAACGGCCAGAGAAAGGGCUGAGGUUCUCUAGCUUCGGAAUUGCCCAUUUCUGUUGUGUCAGUUCUUAAAGAUGCUUUUGACACUUAUUUCAUCUGAACAGCAUUCCAUCGCAAUGCCAGCCCGCAAAGCUGCUCUACGAGUUCGGCGGGGAGGAGUUUUUGGCUCUUGCGCUGCCAGUGCCUUCUUCUUUGCCCGACGGGUGGAGAGAGAAGGACCUCAAGGACCCCUGACAUCUUGGAGUCGGCGAAGCCGCCGCUAAAAGAUCAUUGUCUCAUCACAUGAGCUUAUGAGCUUUGGUGGAGUAAGUGGUGCAUUCCUGCGAAGAUCCUGAAGGUGCCGAAGCUGGCGGGGUGCCAGCUUGGCUUCCUGAUUGUUUGCUCUGCCAGGCGCAGAUCCAGUUAAAUACAGGCGCUGAAAUCCCUGAGCCCAAUGAGCCCAAGGCUGCUCUCUGCGACUUGGCAUUGGCUUGUAAUGAUUUGACCGCAAAAAAGAAGUCCUUUGGAAGCGCAUUUGGCCAAGAAAUUAAGAUCUUGUACUUCCGACCAGCACUUUCAUAUCAAGAUGCUCGACACAAAGCUGUAGCGCUUCGGAAGUGUUGCAGAGCGCAUCAAGCAUUCAAUUUGCGGUUGACAAUGGCACUGCUUUGCAGCGUUCAGUGUUUGGGUGGUAACCUACAUGCCGCAAAAUUGAUACCGCACCUCAAGAAUAAGAAGCAAGGGCGGUUUGCAGGGAGAAUUUGUGGACUCCUCAAGAGGCACGUCGCAAUGGCAACCAGAAUCAGGAAGGCUCACGGACGUGUGCCAGCUUGUAGGUGAACAUAUAGAUUGGAUGUGAUUGGAUGCCAAGAGGGCACGAGGGCACAAGCAAGGCUGAGGCCAAGAAGUAUAGCAAAGCUGCUGCCCAGCAAUUCCUGAAGUUGCUGUGACAAGUGUUCCAGCUUCCUGAUGCGUCGAAGCUGUGCUACAUCAACGUUCAACUGCUUGGAUCGGCUUGAUUUUGCUCUGAAGCGGCGCCUGCGGGAUGCCCAACAUACUCAGAGCCCGAGGGUUGCAUGCACUUGUCACAAGUGCUGCCUACAGGUUUUGUGCGCACCAAGUGCCUCCCCAUGAGCUGAAGAAGCGAGUUGCAAUAGUCGUUUUCAAAGACUCUCCAUUGUCAGACGUGUCUCUUCUCCACUAACAUGUUCAGCAAGUGUUGUUGAGUGCGCCCAGCCGCAGGUUGGUCACCAAGUGCAUUCUUGCUCGUCGGCCAAGGGGCUUGUGUGGCCAUUUAAGAGUCAGACUUGCUCUCGCUUCUUGAUGCAAAGGUACUUGCAGCAGAUGACAUUGUUCUUUUCACGAUCGAGGGUGCUAUUUUUGUCCGUGAAUGUCACCUCCAACUGCUGAAGCAGAGUUUGCAAGCUUGUGCAAAACAGGAUCUGUAUUAGUAAUGCAAACUACAUCCAGAUCUACUGUCCCCUCACUUUGUGGCUGAUAGAGCUGCUACCAUGCGCUGUACCCCUUGACACUCUUUGUGAUUCAGCCCCAUUGGCCUCACUUUGUCCGUCAAGAAACACUUCAGCAGCACAAGCUUCGCUCUGUGCGUGGAUUGACGGCAUGGCCACUAUGCCGGAGAAAGCCGGUGGAAGGGUAGGGCCCAAGGUGGCGCUGGUAGCUUCGAUUGGGGGACUGGUUGGCAUGUUGGCUUGAGUUCGGUUUCUGUGUCGCGAUCCGGAGUUGCAAGUCGACGGAUGACGACAUGCAGACCGGUGCUGCCUGAAGGCGCAGGUCAGUGGUUUUCCAUGCAGCAACCAGUGGGUGAUGCCUUAAAGCAUCACAUCUCCCAAUCAUGUGGUGGUGGUGAAGCAGAAAGCUACCAGCGAGCGGACAGAGACGGGCAACCUCGACGGGAAGACGCUGACCGCGCUGACGGCGACCAACCGCUUCGCGCGGCGAAGGGCGUGACCAUAUACGGAGGACCAGCGGCCAGUGGCUAAUCAGGCUGAGUAUCUCUAUCUCUGGAAAGAAUCAGCUGUCCUGAGAAAGGGUGUCCCACUCAAGCUGUGGGCAUCGUUCGCUGUGGCUACGGGGAAGCCAACGAUGCGAUGGUCGUGAACUGAGCACAGGUCACUCCGUGAAGCACCGAACUGAGCGAAGACCCAGUCGUACUGAAGCACCGUAUCCUGUGCGGCACGGUGUACUACGAUGUGCUACAGUGUACCACGCGAGACUGUGUCGGGCCUAUGGGUCUGACUUCUUUGACUGCAUAGGUGACCAAGCACUUCUGGGUGGCAGUCAUCCGACUUGAGUUGCAGAGAAUACCACUACGAAACGUAUUAGCUCCAGCCGGAUGGAAGUGUGACCUUGGCGACUCUUGUGGAAGAACAACCAGAGCACCAUGGUGGUGCUCCUCUGGCUGUGGAUGUUGCGUGCUGUGCAAGCAUCUUCACUCACGUCCUUUUUUGUGAGGUCGGGUUCUUUCACUCCAAAGGCUGCACGGUCUCACCAAAUCGCAGCCUGCGAGCUGCAGAUUCAAUAGGCAGAUCGUCCACAAUCUGGGAAGCAGAAAUAGAUGGCUCGUUGGUGCAGGCAGAGGACAUUCUGGCGGAACAAAAACGUCCAAGUCCUCUGUCAACGUGCAGAGCAGAUGAAGUCCUGCCUUGAAUUCUAUCCGGCCAAUGACGUCCCGUCCAUCAGCUUGACAUUCCCUUGAAACGAUUUCUUUUCGCAAUAGGCAAGAGAGGCUUGAGCAACUCUGAUAGAGUCUCUGUCAGAAAGCAUCCGUCAAGCCUUUUGCCUUUAUCUUCCCUUGGAACUGCAUGUUCAUGAAGAGGUCCUAUGUGAUAGAUCCCUGGCAUGACGGGGAGUGCCCAAGGUGGAGCUGCUGUUUCCUUCACGCUGACAGGCAGCCUGAAGGGGGCAACUACAGGUGCCCACGCAUUCAGAUUCAAGAUGAGCUGAGGAUUGACAUGCUGACUGACUGUCACCUUCUUGCUGUGAGGCCGGCAGCCCAGAUUGCUUUUCCAUACCGGCAGCGCCUUGCCCAACGAUACUCAACCUGCACGAUACUCAGCUUCGGUCAAUUUGAAAACCGAACAAAGGCCUUCUCUUCAGUGAGUGGCAAAUGGCAUUGCAUGGUAGUUUGAAGCCAGUGAUGCAAAUCAGAUUCCAACCGAAUCCCGAUUCAGAGAAAGGAAGGUUCUUUGGCUUGCAAAGAGAAGCCACACUUUCAAAGACUGUACUUCAUCAUCGGAUUCCACCUCGACCUGGACAUUACUUUCCAGCUCCACCUCGGCAUGCUGCACACAUUGCCGCUGGAUUAAGGCUUGGCAUAUUGCCAGUUGCCAGUUGAACAUGCGAUCUAUUCACGGCCCCGGCCGUGCUCCGACGCUUCGGGAAAAAGUCUGCCAUAAGCUCAUAUGGUUACUUUUUGCACCAAGCGCACAGCCCU